UUCCUCACACCCACCAUCAUCCACAAUGAGCUGUUCGUCGGUGCUCCUACUACCAUUACUAGUUUUAGCAACCUUCUCUUUCUCUCCACCUUCGCAAGCGCUCGUGUUCCACCUCCCCUCCGGCCGCGUCAAAUGCUUCUCUGAGGAUCUCCGCGCCGGCGUCGUGUCCCUCGCCAGCUUCCGCGUCGCCGACGACCCUCCCUCCGCCCACAACGUCUCCGCUAGCGUGAUGGAUCCGAAUGGGGAGACCUUCCGCCGUGCUGAUGGAGUUGAAAAGGGGGAGUUCUCCUUUGUGGCGGAGGAGAUCGGGAAGUAUACGACCUGCUUCUGGUCUUCCCAUUUCCAGCUCGAGGCUGUGCUGACGGUGGACUUCGACUGGAAAUCGGGGGUUGCCGCCAAGGUUUGGAACUCCGUCGCCAAGAAAGGGAAGAUUGAUGAGAUGGAAUUGGAGUUGAAAAGAAUGGAGGAUUCAAUCAAUUCAAUACACGAGGAGUUGGUAUUCUUGAGAGAUCGGGAGGAGGAAGCAAGGAGUUUCAAUGAAACAACAACGGCAAGAAUGGGUUCUUUGAGUAUUCUUUCAUUCAUCGUAUGCAUUGGAGUAGCUGGCGUACAGCUUUGGAAUUUAAAGACAUUCUUUAAGAGACAAAAAAUUCUAUAGCAAGGUGAUGAAAUGCUAUGUGACGAUAUCGAUAUCUCAGAUCCUAAAUGUCAUAAUGAUAACACGAGUACCAGGGCUCUCAAAGGAUUUGAUUACUCUUGACCGAGGGAUUCUGUAUGCCAUCUCUUUCGUCAUUAUUUAAAUGGAAAUUAGCACCGUUGACGAUCUCGUAGGUGAGCUUGUAGUUCUUGCAGUUUCUUCAAUGCCCUAAGUC